AUGAGUGCACCAGCCGUUAUCAUCAUGCCUGUCCAGGCCAACGGUGCUCAGCAAUCCGAACAAGACCCUUCCAAGUUGGCUUCCGCAAUUCAGCAAACCCUCGAAGAAAAUAUGUUCCCAAACGGCCGGAACCUACAAGGGGAGAGAGGACCGUUAAAGGAGCUCAUAGGUAAGAUACCUAUGAAAAACAACAUCAAGGAGGCAGGAGAGUAUCGCUCUAAUAAGUUCGGUCCAACAGCUCACCAAGGCAGCCUCUACAAGUACAUCAAUUGGGAGGAUCCAGUUCGGACCCUCGGGUCAUACCUCGUUGCUCUGAGCAUCCUGAUUGGAACACACUACCUGCCUCUUACCCAAAUAACGGUAAAGGUUGGAGCCGUUGUUUUUGGAAUAAUCUCUCUCGCUAGAUUCGUCAGCCGAACAUUCGGCUCCGACACCUUUCUCUCCCGUCUUCGACCCAAGGAGUACAAGAUGGUCCCAGAGCCCAUCCUCAAUGCCACACUAAGAGACAUUCAUGACUUUAUCCAGUAUGCUGUCGUCCAAGUACAGAAGAUUAUCUUUGGAGAAGACCUGGGCAAAACCUUUGCCGCUUCCCUCGCCUUCACCGCCGUGUUCUGGCUAAUGAAAGUUGCAUCUCCGUUUUCGUUAGCCGUGCUGGGAUUGAGCUCGCUCUACAUCGCUCCCCUCAUUAACUCGCCCCAGGGACGUACUAUAGCCCAGGAUGCAACGGCGCGUAGCCAAGAGCUGGCUAGCGCAGCCACUGAGAAAGGAAACACACUUGCUGGAGAUAGCAAAGCCAAGGCAACGGAGAUAACUUCCAAGGCGCGUGAGGCCGCUGGAGGUGUGCAACAGCGCGUUAAGAACCUGGUUCACAACGGAAAGCAAACCGUCAACGAGCUUUCUACUCAGGCCAGUGAUCGUGUCACAGAUGUAUCUCGUGCCACCACUGAAAAUGAUGAAAGUCUGAAGGACAUAGGCAUCGACGCGAUCAGCUAG